AUGGAUUUCGAAUUAGAACCUACUUUGGAAUCAAUAGUACAACAGGAUACCUUGAAGUGGAUCUUUGUCGGAGGCAAAGGUGGUGUCGGUAAAACCACCACCUCUUCAUCUAUCGCUGUACAAUUGGCAUUGAACCACCCCAACGAUCAGUUCUUGUUGAUCUCAACCGAUCCUGCCCACAACUUGUCUGAUGCAUUCUGUCAAAAAUUCGGGAAAGAUGCCAGAAAGGUCGACGGCUUGUCCAACUUGUCAUGCAUGGAAAUCGACCCCGAGGCUGCUAUGAGUGACUUACAACAACAAGCCCAACAAUACAAUAAUGAUCCAAACGAUCCUUUGAAAAGUAUGAUGAACGAUAUGACCGGUUCAAUUCCCGGUAUUGACGAAGCGUUGUCGUUCAUGGAAGUGUUGAAACACAUCAAAAGCCAAAAGGUGGACGAAAACGACGACAAGGACAAGAUCUCCUACAGAACCAUUAUCUUCGAUACUGCUCCUACUGGUCACACAUUGCGUUUCUUGCAGUUGCCCUCUACUUUACAAAAACUCUUGUCCAAAUUCCAGGCUUUGUCAGGCAAAUUUGGUCCAAUGAUGAGCAUGUUGGGUGGAGGUAACCAGCAGGAAAUGUUUGAUAAGUUGAACGAAGUGCAAAAAAAUGUCACCGAGGUGAACGAACAGUUUACUAACCCCGAUUUGACCACUUUUGUGUGUGUAUGUAUCUCCGAAUUCUUGUCGUUGUACGAAACCGAGAGAAUGAUUCAGGAAUUGAUGUCAUACAACAUGGACGUCAACUCUAUUGUUGUCAACCAGUUGUUGUUCGCCGACGACGACGAAAAGCCUUGUAAGAGAUGUGUCAGUAGAUGGAAGAUGCAAAAGAAGUAUUUGGACCAAAUGGCCGAAUUGUACGAAGACUACCAUUUGGUUAAGAUGCCUUUAUUAGGUACCGAAAUCAGAGGCGUAGAAAACUUGAAGAAAUUCUCUAAGUUCUUGUUAACUCCAUAUGACCCUAAGGUCAAUGGUGACCUUGUCACCAGUUUAGAGGAGAAAUAA